AUGUCACUGCAAAACCCUCCCUCUGACCCAAGAGUGAUGUAUUUGGAAGCUUAUAAUUCUCUGUCAUUAAGAUUUAAACCUGAUAAGUGGUUCAAGAUGCUGGGGUAUGAGGAAAAUUUGGCCAUGCUUAUUGAGUUCUUUGACAAAACAGAGACAGAAGUCAUGGUGUUCACCCUCAAUCAAUCAGGAUUCGUCAUUCCUUGCCUUGGCUUCCCACCUGCUCUCAAGACCAAAGGAGCUUAUUUUGUAAAGUCACUUCGUGACACUGUCACCAAGUUGAACUAUAAUACUUCUCUUCUCUAUGGGGACAUAAGUCAUACACCUGUGGAUCAGCUUAUUGCUAUAGUAGAGGAGAUUAUUUACUCUCUGUUCAAUGAAAGUGAAAACCUGCGUGGCUGGCCCCGGGUGGUCUCAGAAGACAUAGUCCAACAAGCUCAUAGACUGAAGAAUGAGAUGUUUGUGAUGGGAGGGAAAAUCAAAGGAAAAACUCUGCUUCCCAUCCCAGAGCACUUGGGGACUUUGGAUGGUUCAGUAGAAGCAAUGGAAAGACUACCUUCAUCAUUGGAUAAUUCAUUAUUGCAUGCUAUUGAAACCAUAAUCAUAGACUGGUCUCACCAAAUCAGGGAUGUCUUGAGUAAAGACUCAGCCCAACCUCUGCUAGAUGGAUUACAUCCAUUGCCACGAGUAGAAUUUGACUUUUGGCUUUCCAGACUGACGAAUCUGAAGUGUAUUCAUGAUCAGCUGAGCAGGCCUAAAGUGAAUAAAAUAGUGGAAAUACUGGAAGAAUCAAAGAGUUGCUACUGGCCAGCACUUCAGAGUGUUUAUUCUGAUGUCAAUGAAGGAUUGAGAGAAGCUGAAGAUAUUGUUCUCUACCUAAAGCCUCUCCAGAUUUUACUGGAGGAAAUGGAACAGGCUGACUACUCUUCGCUUCCCACCUUUAUUUCUAAGGUGUUUUUUACCAUCUGCUUAAUAUGGGCCACUUCUGAAUACUAUAACACCCCAACAAGGAUCAUUGUCAUUUUGCAGGAGAUUUGCAACCAGUUCAUUGAAAUGACCCGCAAUUUUCUGAACCCUGAAGAAGUGCUAAAAGGAUUACAAGGUGAAAUAGAGGAAGUAUUGGUUGGCAUCUCAGACUCCGUGAACAUUUUAAGGGAAAUCUACAGUACCUAUGACUUUUGCUGCACCAAUAUGCCUCGUUUCUUUAAGAAUGGCAAAGAACCAGUCCUGUGGGAAUUCCCAUCCACUCUUGCAUUUACCAGAAUGACUUCAUUCUUCAACAGAGUCAAGAUAAUAGAGGAACUAUAUAAAACAGCCAUUGAGUUCCUGAAGCUAGAGAAAAUUGAGAUAGGAGGAGUGAGAGGAAACAUCCUUGGACACUUGGUGAUACAAAUUUAUGAGGAAGUCUUUGAGUUGGUGAGAGUUUUUGCAGAAUGUAAAUAUGAUCCGUUGGAUCCUGGAGAUCCGAGUUUUGAUGAAGAUUAUGCAGAUUUUGUGAGCAAGAUUCAAGAUUUGGAUAGAAGACUGGCAACUAUAUUUUGUCAAGGAUUCGAAGAUUGUAGUUCCAUUGAAUCUUGUGUUAAGUUAUUACACAUGUUUGGAGUACUUCUUGAACGACCUCUAAUACUGGCAGAAGUAGUUCCCAGGUAUUCAGUAAUGUUAAAUAUGUUUGACGCUGAAUUGGAUAAUGCUAAGAUUUUGUAUGACGCCCAGGUAUUGGCUGCAAAAGAAAGAGGUGGGGUUCCACCAAUAAAUAAAAAUAUGCCUCCCAUUGCUGGACAGCUGAAGUGGAGCCUGGAACUCCAGGAAAGGCUAGAGGGACCAAUGAGAGACUUCAAACACAUUGAUCAUCCGGUCAUGACUGGUGUAGAGACUAAGGUGAUUUAUCAAAAAUACGAUGAGAUGAUGUCUUUACUUCAAAGCUACCGUCAGUCAAUUUACAAUCAAUGGAUAUUGAGAGUGGAUGAAGAUUGUCACUUUAACCUAGGACAACCCUUGAUUGUGAGAGAUCCAGAGACAGAUCUCAUCCGUGUGAACUUCAGCAAAGAGUUAGUGGCUGUCUUAAGAGAGGUCAAAUAUUUGAACUUUCAAAGUCAAAAAGAAAUCCCAGAGAGUGCAGAGAGCCUUUUCUCCCAGAAUGAAACCUUCCGAAAGUUUGUGGGGAACCUAGAGCUCAUUGUUGGUUGGUAUAAUGAAAUAAAGACCACUGUUCUAGAAGUAGAAUAUCCAUUGAUCAAGGCAGAAUUAGAAGCAAUUGAUGUGAAGUUACAGCAAUCUGAAACAACGUUGUUUUGGAAUGGCGAAGGUGUUUUUCAAUAUAUUCAAGAGAUGAGAGAAAUCCUACAUGACUUAGAGACCAGGAUCCAGAAAACAAAGCAAAAUGUGGAAGCCAUUGGUCAGAUUAUGAAAGAUUGGUCAGCCAACCCUAUGUUCGAAAGAAAGGACAACAAAAAAGAGACCCUUUUAGAUUUGGAUGGAAGGGUAAACAACCUCAACAAACGCUACACAGCUGUCAAAGAGGCUGGACAGAAGAUUCAGGCCAUGGUUGCAGAAAAUGCAGAAUUAUUUAAAGCUGAUACAACAUCCGAAUCUUGGAGAGACUAUAUAGAUUAUAUUGAUAUUAUGGUCUUAGAAGGAUUUGACCAAUUUAUUCGCAAAUCUUUACAAUAUCUUCUGAACAACAUGGUAACAGAUGAAACCAUUGCUCCUCUAUUUGAAGUGAGGAUGGAGCUAGCUGAAGAUGUGUUAACAUUCAACCCAUCUCUGGAAAUUGGGGUGGAAAAUGGCUUCUUAGCACUAAUAGAGAGUCUGAUAGAUGACAUAUACAACACUGCCAAACUAAUUCCACGACUGACAAAAGGCAAACUGAGUUACAAGUCUGACCUAGAAGAUAGUCCUGAGCUGUCAGAAAUGAGAGAAGAAGUCACAAGUCAAGUUUAUACCGCCAUGAAACAGGCUGAGGAGUAUCAAGAUUCCUUUGAGAAAUAUUCUUACUUAUGGAUUGAUGACCUCCGUGAAUUCAUGCAGUACUUCUUGACUUAUGGACGCAUGUUCACAGCAGAAGAGUUAGAGGCUCGAGCUGAAGAGAACUUCCCCAAAAUACCCCCAACUCUACCACAAUUUCAGCAACAGAUUGAUUCUUAUGAGAAGCUUUAUGAAGAAGUCUCCAAGUUUGAUAACACCAAAGUCUUUAAUGGCUGGUUGCAGAGUGAUUGCCGUCCAUUUAAACAAGCCCUUCUUAAUAUCAUUAAACGGUGGAGCCUCAUGUUUAAACAGCAUCUAAGUGAUCAUGUUACUAAUAGCUUGGCUGAUCUUGAAGAGUUCAUGAAAGUAGCCAGAGAAGGUUUAAAGAAGCCUCUAAAAGAAGGUGAUUAUGAUGGUCUUGUAGCAGUCAUGGGGCACUUAAUGAAGGUCAAAGAGAGACAUGUAGCAACAGACAACAUGUUUGAACCCCUGAAGCAAACUAUUGAACUACUAAAGACCUAUGGAGAAGAGAUGCCAGAAGAAAUACACAUGAAGUUACAGGAACUACCAGAGCAGUGGACCCAUACAAAGAAAAUGGCUAUUCAAGUCAAACAAAAUGUGGCUCCCCUGCAGGCCAAUGAAGUGAAUAUACUUAGAAGAAAAUGCCAACAGUUUGAGCUGAAGCAGCAUGAAUUUAGGGAAGCAUUCAGAAGAGAGGCCCCCUUUUCUUUUUCGGAUCCUUCACCCUACAAAUCCCUAAAUAAGCAACAAAAAAGCAUUGCAGCUAUGGAAAGCCAGAUGGAGCAACUUUCCAAGUCAGCUGGUUUGUUUGAAGUCUCAGUCCCAGAUUAUAAACAACUUAAAGCCUGUCACAAGGAGGUACGCCUGUUGAAAGAGCUCUGGGAUAUGAUCGUCAUGGUGAAUGCCAGCAUUGAUGACUGGAAGACAACCAAGUGGAAAGAUAUUAAUGUUGAACAAAUGGACUUUGACUGUAAGAAGUUUGCUAAAGAUGUAAGAAGUUUAGACAAAGAAAUGAAAACCUGGGAUGCCUUUGUGGGGCUGGAUAAUACUGUGAAAAACAUGAUCACAUCCCUCCGAGCUGUGAGUGAGCUGCAGAAUCCAGCCAUCAGAGACCGCCACUGGCAGCAGCUCAUGCAGGCAACACAGGUGAAAUUUGAAAUGUCCGAUCAAACUACGUUGGCAGAUUUACUACAGUUGAAUCUUCAUGAAUAUGAAGAUGAGGUUCGUGGUAUUGUAGACAAGGCCGUGAAAGAGUCUGGAAUGGAAAAGGUAUUGAGAUCACUGGAUAAUACCUGGUCAGCUAUGGAAUUUGAACAUGAACCUCACCCCAGAACUGGAACCAUGAUGCUGAAAUCGGAUGAAACGUUAAUUGAAACCCUGGAAGACAACCAAGUACAACUUCAAGCCUUGCUGACAUCCAAGUAUCUUGCCCAUUUUGUGAAAGAAGUGACAAGCUGGCAAAAAAAGUUAUCAACAGCAGACUCUGUCAUUUCCAUUUGGUUUGAAGUGCAGCGAACGUGGAGCCAUUUGGAGAGUAUCUUCAUUGGGUCUGAAGACAUUCGAUCUCAACUCCCAGAGGAUUCUCAACGUUUUGAUGAAAUUGAUCGAGAUUUUAAAGAGGUGAUGGCGGAUGCUGUAACAACACCCAAUGUUGUUGAAGCAACUAAUAAACCAGGCCUUUUUAAGAAACUUGAGACUCUGCAAAAAAGUUUGGCAAUUUGUGAAAAAGCUUUGGCAGAAUACUUAGAGACAAAAAGACUGGCUUUCCCCAGGUUCUACUUUGUCUCUUCUGCUGACCUGCUAGAUAUUUUAUCCAAUGGAAAUGACCCAGUAGAGGUGGGUCGCCAUUUGUCCAAACUCUUUGAUAGUUUGUGUAAACUGAAAUUCCAACUAGAUGAGCAAGAGAAGCCUAUGAAAAUAGGCUUGGGAAUGUUUAGCAAGGAAGAUGAAUAUGUGGAAUUUGAUAGAGAAUGUGACUUGUCAGGACAGGUUGAAGUCUGGCUAAAUAGAGUGCUUGACCGAAUGGUUGCUACACUCCGCCAUGAAAUCCCAGAGGCUGUGGUGACAUAUGAGGAAAAGCCAAGGGAACAAUGGAUUUUUGAUUAUCCUGCACAGAUUGCUUUAACGUGCACACAAAUAUGGUGGACAACAGAAGUUGGGAUGGCAUUCGCAAGACUAGAGGAAGGUUAUGAAAAUGCCAUUAAAGAUUACAAUAAAAAGCAGAUCAGUCAGCUGAAUAUACUGAUUACACUUCUUAUUGGGAAUUUAAGUCCUGGAGAUAGAAUGAAGAUUAUGACUAUUUGUACUAUUGAUGUACAUGCAAGAGAUGUCGUUGCUAAGAUGAUUUUAGUCAAGGUAGAAAAUUCUCAGGCUUUUACUUGGCAGUCUCAGCUUCGGCAUCGUUGGGAUGAAGAAAAAAAACAUUGUUUUGCCAACAUUUGUGAUGCUCAAAUUAGAUAUUCCUAUGAAUAUUUGGGUAAUACACCCCGGCUAGUAAUCACGCCACUCACUGACAGAUGCUACAUCACUCUCACCCAAUCCCUCCAUCUCAUUAUGGGAGGAGCUCCUGCAGGCCCUGCAGGGACAGGAAAAACGGAGACCACCAAAGACUUAGGCAGAGCAUUGGGCAUCAUGGUGUACGUCUUCAACUGCUCGGAGCAAAUGGACUAUAAAUCCUGCGGAAAUAUAUACAAAGGAUUGGCCCAAACCGGGGCUUGGGGAUGCUUUGAUGAAUUUAAUCGAAUCUCAGUAGAAGUUUUAUCUGUGAUUGCUGUCCAGGUAAAAUGUGUCCAAGAUGCAAUUCGUGCCAAGAAAAAAAUAUUUAAUUUCCUUGGAGAGAUUAUAAGACUCAUCCCCACUGUGGGCAUGUUUAUUACCAUGAACCCAGGCUAUGCGGGACGGGCAGAAUUGCCAGAAAACUUAAAAGCCUUAUUCAGACCCUGUGCUAUGGUUGUCCCUGACUUUGAACUUAUAUGUGAGAUCAUGCUUGUAGCUGAGGGAUUUCUGGAAGCUAGACUGCUAGCAAGGAAGUUCAUUACUCUCUAUACCCUCUGCAAAGAAUUACUUUCCAAGCAGGAUCACUAUGACUGGGGAUUGCGGGCUAUCAAGUCUGUGCUGGUAGUAGCUGGCUCCCUAAAAAGAGGCGAUCCUGCCCGUGCAGAAGACCAAGUCCUCAUGAGAGCACUGAGAGAUUUUAAUAUCCCCAAGAUAGUAACAGAUGACUUGCCUGUCUUUAUGGGACUUAUUGGAGAUCUGUUCCCAGCUCUAGAUGUUCCCAGGAAACGAGAUCUAAAUUUUGAAAAGAUCAUUAAGCAGAGCAUUAUUGAGUUGCAGUUACAAGCAGAAGAUAACUUUGUGCUGAAAGUUGUACAGCUGGAGGAAUUACUGCAAGUGAGACAUUCUGUAUUUAUAAUUGGAAAUGCAGGAACUGGUAAAUCCCAGGUCCUGAAAUCCCUCAAUAAGACCUAUCUGAACUUGAAAAGAAAAGCUGUUGCAGUAGAUCUUGACCCCAAAGCAGUCACGUGCGAUGAACUUUUUGGCAUCAUUAAUCCUGCGACAAGAGAGUGGAAAGAUGGGCUUUUUUCUACCAUAAUGCGAGACCUCGCUAACUUAACUCAUCUUGGCCCCAAAUGGAUUGUUCUGGAUGGAGACAUAGAUCCCAUGUGGAUUGAAUCCUUAAACACUGUCAUGGAUGAUAAUAAGGUUCUGACCUUAGCCAGCAAUGAGCGGAUCCCCCUGAAUCGCACCAUGAGACUAGUGUUUGAGAUUAGUCACCUUAGGACAGCCACCCCAGCCACGGUUUCCAGAGCAGGAAUACUUUACAUCAACCCUGCUGAUCUAGGAUGGAAUCCUGUGGUAAACAGCUGGAUUGAAAAACGAAAAGUGCAGUCAGAGAAAGCUAAUUUGAUGAUCCUAUUUGAUAAAUAUCUUCCCACAUGCCUAGACAAGCUGAGGUUUGGAUUUAAGAAGAUCACUCCAGUUCCAGAAAUCACAGUGAUACAGACUAUACUCUACCUCUUAGAAUGUCUUUUGACUCCAAAGAAUACUCCUCCAGAUUCCUCCAAAGAGCUUUAUGAGCUCUAUUUUGUGUUUGCAUGUUUCUGGGCGUUUGGAGGAGCAAUGUUCCAGGACCAGCUUGUUGACUAUCGUGUUGAGUUCAGCAGGUGGUGGUUGAAUGAAUUUAAGACCAUCAAAUUUCCUUCUCAAGGAACCAUUUUUGACUACUAUAUAGACCCAGAUAGUAAAAAAUUCAUGCCAUGGACUGAUAAAGUGCCUCAAUUUGUAUUGGAUUCUGAUAUCCCAUUGCAGGCUUCUUUGGUCCAUACAACAGAGACCAUCCGAAUCCGGUUUUUUAUGAAUUUAUUAAUGGAAAAAAAGUGGCCAGUGAUGUUGGUGGGCAAUGCUGGUACUGGCAAGUCAGUGUUGAUGGGUGAUAAACUUGGCAGCCUGAGCACAGAUGAGUAUGUGGUACAGUCUGUCCCCUUCAAUUUCUAUACAACAUCUGCCAUGUUACAAGGUGUUCUUGAGAAGCCUCUGGAGAAGAAAUCAGGGAGAAAUUAUGGACCUCCAGGCACCAAAAAGCUUAUUUACUUCAUUGAUGAUAUGAACAUGCCAGAGGUGGAUAAGUAUGGAACAGUGGCACCUCAUACUCUAAUUAGGCAACAUAUGGAUCAUGGGCACUGGUAUGACAGAAAUAAGCUGACAUUAAAAGACAUUCACAACUGUCAAUAUGUAGCUUGCAUGAAUCCCACUUCUGGCUCCUUCACCAUUGACCCCAGACUUCAGAGACACUUUUGUGUAUUUGCUGUGAGUUUCCCUGGACAAGAUGCUCUGAUAGCAAUUUAUAACACAAUCCUUUCACAGCAUUUAGCUGAUCGAAAUGCCCCCAUGGUGGUUCAGAAAACGAGUUUGCAGUUGGUUGGUGCAGCCCUUGCCUUGCAUCAGAAAAUCUCAGCAACCUUUCUUCCCACGGCCAUUAAGUUUCAUUAUGUUUUCAACCUCAGGGACCUCUCCAACAUUUUCCAGGGACUGUUGUUUUCUACACUAGAAAUCCUCAAAACUCCUCUUGACCUUGUACGGCUAUGGCUACAUGAAGCUGAACGUGUAUAUGGGGAUAAACUCAUUGAAGAUAAAGACAAAGUCUUAUUAAAUAAACUCACUGUGACUAUGUGCAAGAAAUUCUUUGAGGAACUUGGUGACAAUGUUAUGUUUGCCAAACCAAAUAUGUUUUGCCACUUUGCCCAAGGAAUUGGAGACCCUAAAUAUUUCCCUAUAACCAAUAUGGCUAGUCUGAAUAAGCUACUAGUGGAUGCUUUAGAUAGCUACAAUGAAGUUAAUGCAGUCAUGAAUUUGGUGCUUUUUGAAGAUGCUGUAUCUCAUAUUUGUAAAAUUAAUCGCAUCUUGGAGUCUCCCCGAGGGAAUGCCUUGCUGGUGGGAGUAGGAGGCAGUGGGAAGCAAAGUCUGUCCCGCUUGGCUGCAUAUAUUAGUGGUCUGGAUGUAUUUCAGAUUACUCUGAAGAAAGGAUAUGCAAUCCCAGAUCUGAAGAUGGAUCUAGCUGCUCAGUACCUAAAAUCUGCGGUGAAGAACUUGCCCACAGUAUUCCUAAUGACCGACUCCCAAGUGGCUGAAGAGCAAUUCCUGGUGUUGAUCAAUGACUUGUUGGCAUCAGGAGAGAUCCCAGGGCUCUUUCAGGAUGAUGAAGUGGAGAAUAUCAUCUCUUCUAUGAGACCACAAGUAAAAGGUGUUGGCAUUCCAGAUACACGGGAAAAUUGUUGGAAGUUUUUUAUUGAUAAAGUGAGAAAACAGCUCAAGGUUAUCCUGUGUUUCUCCCCUGUGGGCUCCACACUUCGGGUGCGAGCCCGAAAAUUCCCAGCUGUGGUAAACUGUACAGCUAUCAACUGGUUCCACGAAUGGCCUGAAGAUGCCUUGGUGUCUGUCAGUGGUAGAUUCUUAGAAGAAACAGAGGGAAUUGAGAAAGACGUCAAAACCUCCAUCAGCCUUUUCAUGAGCUACGUACAUACAACUGUCAAUGAGAUGUCCAAAGUAUACCUAGCUACUGAAAGGCGGUAUAACUACACAACCCCCAAGACCUUUCUGGAGUUGAUCAAGCUAUACCAGAACUUACUGGCUAAGAAAAGAAUGGAGCUUGUUGCCAAAAUUGACAGGUUGGAAAAUGGACUGAUGAAACUACAGAGCACUGCUUCUCAGUCUCUCUCAAUCUCUCUCUCCAGACCUUAUCAAGGCAAUCCCACCUUUGAUCCUGAAUUUAUUCGUUCCAAGUCGGCUGCUGCUGCUGGCCUUUGUUCCUGGUGUAUCAAUAUUGUCCGUUUUUACGAAGUCUACUGCGAUGUGGCACCCAAGAGACAGGCCCUGGAAGAAGCUAAUGCAGAAUUGGCAGAAGCACAAGAUAAGCUCACUCGGAUCAAAAACAAAAUUGCUGAACUCAAUGCUAAUCUCGCCAACCUCACGGCUGCCUUUGAAAAGGCUACAGCUGAGAAAAUCAAAUGUCAACAAGAGGCAGAUGCCACAAACAGUAUCAUUUCUCUAGCUAAUAGGCUAGUGGGAGGAUUAGCAUCUGAAAAUGUCCGAUGGGCUGAAUCUGUGGAAAACUUCAAAGAGCAGGGAGUAACUUUGUGUGGAGAUGUCCUGCUGAUAUCUGCCUUUGUUUCUUACGUGGGUUAUUUCACCAAAAAAUACAGAAAUGAGCUGAUGGAAAAAUUUUGGAUCCCAUACCUAAAUCAACUAAAGGUUCCCAUUCCUAUUACUGUAGGACUGGACCCACUCACUCUGCUGACAGAUGAUGCAGACAUUGCCACAUGGAAUAACCAGGGCCUCCCCAGUGACCGAAUGUCAACAGAGAAUGCCACUAUUCUAUGCAAUACGGAGCGGUGGCCUCUCAUUGUCGACGCUCAGUUACAAGGAAUCAAAUGGAUUAAAAAUAAAUAUGGAUCAGCCUUGAAAGCCAUCCGACUGGGACACAGAGGCUAUCUGGACAGUAUUGAGUCAGCCAUCUCAGAAGGAGAUACUUUACUUAUUGAGAAUAUUGGAGAGACUGUAGAACCUGUGUUAGAUCCUUUACUGGGCAGAAACACAAUUAAAAAAGGAAGAUACAUCAAGGUGGGUGAUAAAGAAGUGGAAUACCACCCCCAGUUCCGCCUAAUCCUUCAUACCAAGUACUUUAAUCCACAUUACAAACCAGAGAUGCAGGCUCAGUGCACCCUCAUCAAUUUUCUAGUAACCCGAGAUGGGUUGGAAGAUCAACUUUUGGCGGCUGUCGUGGCCAAGGAGAGACCAGAUCUUGAGGAGCUGAAGGCAGAACUCACAAAGUCUCAAAAUGAAUUUAAGAUUGUCCUGAAAGAAUUAGAAGAUUCUUUGCUAGCCCGUUUAUCUGCUGCAUCAGGAAACUUCCUGGGAGACACAGCCUUAGUGGAAAAUCUGGAGACAACCAAACGGACUGCUAAUGAAAUUGAGGAGAAAGUGAAAGAAGCAAAAAUUACAGAAACUAAAAUCAAUGAGGCAAGAGAAAACUACCGCCCAGCUGCAGAGAGAGCAUCCAUGCUGUACUUUAUUCUGAAUGAUCUCAACAAAAUCAAUCCCAUCUAUCAGUUCUCACUGAAGGCAUUUAAUGUGGUCUUUGAGAAAGCCAUUCAACGGACUCGGCCAGCUGAUGAGGUGAAAGAGAGAGUGAUUAAUCUGACAGAUGAAAUCACCUACUCUGUGUUUAUGUACACAGCUCGGGGACUCUUUGAGAGAGACAAACUCAUUUUUCUGGCACAGGUUGCCUUUCAGGUUUUAUCAAUGAAAAAAGAACUGAAUCCAGUUGAAUUGGAUUUCCUUUUGAGAUUCCCUUUUAAGGCUGGGCUUACUUCACCUGUCGAUUUUCUAUUACAUCAAGGAUGGGGAGGAAUUAAGGUCCUCUCAGAUAUGGAUGAAUUCAGAAAUCUGGAUAGUGACAUUGAAGGAUCUGCUAAACGGUGGAAAAAAUUUGUUGAAUCUGAAGCCCCAGAAAAGGAAAUAUUUCCUAAGGAAUGGAAGAAUAAAACUGCACUACAAAAACUCUGUAUGAUGAGGUGUAUGAGACCAGAUAGAAUGACUUACGCUGUCAGAAACUUUGUGGAGGAGAAGAUGGGGACCAAGUAUGUGGAAGGCCGGAGUGUUGAGUUUUCCAAGUCUUAUGAAGAAAGCAGCCCUUCUACCCCCAUCUUCUUCAUCCUUUCACCAGGGGUUGACCCCCUGAAAGAUGUGGAAGCAUUGGGAAACAAGUUGGGAUUUACCAUUGACAAUGGGAAAAUCCAUAACGUGUCCCUGGGGCAGGGACAAGAGGUGGUAGCUGAGAAUGCUCUUGAUGUGGCAUCUGAGGAAGGGCACUGGGUCAUUCUACAGAACAUCCAUCUUGUUGCCAAGUGGCUGAGCACUCUGGAUAAGAAGGUGGAGCGAUACAGCACAGGGAGCCAUGAUGACUACCGGGUAUACAUGAGUGCAGAACCUGCCCCUUGCCCUGAAGUUCACAUCAUUCCACAGGGCCUCUUGGAAAAUGCCAUAAAAAUCACAAAUGAGCCUCCUACUGGCAUGCAUGCCAACCUGCACAAGGCCUUGGAUCUCUUCACGCAGGAUACAUUAGAAAUGUGCACCAAAGAAAUUGAAUUUAAAUGCAUAUUGUUUGCCCUCUGUUAUUUCCAUGCGGUGGUGGCAGAGAGGCGAAAAUUUGGAGCUCAAGGUUGGAAUAGAUCAUACCCUUUCAACAAUGGAGACCUAACCAUCUCUAUCAGUGUUCUUUAUAACUACUUGGAGGCAAACCCAAAGGUGCCAUGGGAUGAUCUACGCUACCUUUUCGGAGAAAUUAUGUAUGGAGGUCACAUUACAGAUGACUGGGACCGCCGGCUCUGUCGUACAUACCUGGGAGAAUACAUUCGAACAGAGAUGCUGGAGGGAGAGUUGCUUUUGGCCCCCGGAUUUCUGAUUCCUCCCAACUUAGAUUAUAAAGGUUACCAUGAAUACAUAGAUGAAAACUUGCCCCCUGAAAGUCCAUAUUUGUAUGGUCUGCACCCCAAUGCAGAAAUUGGUUUUCUUACUGUCACCUCUGAGAAGCUAUUCAGAACUGUUCUGGAAAUGCAACCCAAAGAGUCUGAUUCAGGGGCAGGUACAGGAGUGUCUCGCGAGGAAAAGGUCAAAGCCGUACUGGAAGAGAUCCUUGAGAAGCUCCCAGAGACAUUUAACAUGGCAGAGAUCAUGGCAAAGGCAGCUGAGAAGACACCCUAUGUGGUAGUCGCCUUUCAAGAAUGUGAAAGAAUGAACAUCCUGACUAAUGAAAUGCGCCGAUCACUUAAGGAGCUGAACCUGGGAUUAAAGGGAGAAUUAACCAUAACAACCGACAUGGAAGAGCUUUCCAAUUCUCUGUUUUAUGACAAUGUGCCUGAAGCAUGGGUAACUCGGGCCUAUCCAUCCAUGCUGGGCCUGGCAGCUUGGUAUGCUGACCUGAUUCUUCGGAUCCGGGAACUUGAAUCUUGGACAACAGAUUUUGCCUUGCCCACAUCAGUGUGGUUGGCUGGCUUCUUUAAUCCCCAGUCUUUCCUCACUGCCAUCAUGCAGUCCAUGGCCAGGAAGAAUGAAUGGCCUCUGGAUAAAAUGUGUCUUUCUGUGGAAGUGACCAAGAAAACCAAGGAAGAUAUGACAGCUCCUCCAAGGGAGGGUGCCUACGUGAAUGGCCUUUUUAUGGAAGGAGCUCGUUGGGACACCCAAAGUGGAGUCAUUGCAGAAGCUCGGCUGAAGGAGUUAACACCACCCAUGCCAGUCAUCUUCAUCAGGGCCAUUCCUGUAGACCGUAUGGAAACCAAAAACGUAUAUGAAUGUCCUGUCUACAAAACUCGCAUCCGUGGCCCCACUUAUGUCUGGACCUUUAACCUGAAGACAAAAGAAAAAGCUGCUAAGUGGAUUUUAGCAGCUGUUGCAUUGCUCUUACAGGCUUAAUUUUCUCCAAGGGUUAGGACAAUAUUUGCUGCCCAUAAUGAUCUGUGCCGCAUUAAGCCUAAAUAAAAUUUGGAAUUAAAAACUCCAUUCCGCAACUUGUAUUUAUUAAUUUUUUAACAGGGUUCCAUGUGAGGUUUUGGUGUUUUACUUUUUAUUUUUCUCUUAAAGCAAAGAAUAGCUGAAUUGAGGGAGAAGGGGCAUCAAAUGAAAAUAAUAGCAAUUGGCCGUGAUCAUCUUGUUUACUUGCUCGAGCUUUGGAAGCCAUUAGAAGAAAUAGGCUACCUGAGGUAAGGGUACCAAUUUCCAGCAGCAAAGGGAAAAAACAUCCCACCAACCUACAGACUUCCCCAAAGUCCCUGGUUUUAUUUGUAAACACAGUACCCUCUCUGACUAUUAUUCUUGGG